AUGAAAGAGUUUUGCCCUGUUCACGAGUGCAAUAAAGGAACCUCACGUUGUAUAUGCGACCCGCCAUACGUACUCAUCCCAUUUCCUACUGAAAGAAAAGAUCCAGAACGUCGUGUCGCAUGGAUUAAAUUAAUGAACAGAAAGAACAUAAAAACAGGUAAAAACUGGGCACCAGACAAGAACAGCCGAGUCUGCUCCAUGCAUUUUGCUGAUGGUGCACCAUCCCGCUCCUUUCCAAACCCUACACUGAAUCUAGGAUACCCAGUGCCAUCAACUAGUACAGGAAAGAAACGGGCACCACCAAAACCACGGACACCUGUUACAGUCCGAGCAUCGAAGAGGCAGAAACUCAACAUCCAGAGCCCCAGCACAGAAGAUGCACAGAAUCGAGGCACAAGCAAGGAAGAUACCCCCAAAACCAGUGGAAGUGACCCUGGAAAUGACCCUGGAACUGAUGCUUAG